AUGACUCAUGAGCAAAGGUUAGUAUUCGGUGAGAUACUCAAUGCUGUUAUUGCAUACUCUAGUGGUUUUACUUCGCCUAAGCGCAUGGAAAAUGCGUCUUUAUUCCUACCUGGUGGCAGAACGGCUCAUUCUAGGUUUUUAAUACCCAUUAUAAUUACUGAUGAAUCUAAUUGCAACAUCAAGCAUGGCAGUUUGAAGGCUGAGAUGCUCAUCCAAAGUAGCUUAAUAAUUUGGGAUGAUGCUCCAAUGCUCAAUAAAAUGUGCUUUAAAGCACUUGAUCAGACGCUCAGGAAUUUUAUGUCAGCUACUGAUCAACAUAAGACACAUCAACCAUUUGGUGGUAAGGUUGUGGUUCUAGGAAGUGAUUUUAGACAGAUACUUCUGAGUAAGAAAAUUCUUGCACCCACGCUUGAGAAUAUCGAGAAGGUAAAUGACUUUGUCUUGACAAUCUUCCCAAGGAUGGAAAAAGAGUAUCUAAGUUCUAACACAACAUGUCAAGCUGAUGAGAAUGAAGAUAUACAACAAGCGUGGUUUACAUCAGAGUUCCUAAAUGACAUCAAAUGUUUAGAAUUACCCAACCACAAGUUGACUUUGAAGUCAGGAGUUGUUGUAAUGCUACUACAAAACAUAGACCAGACUUCAGGUUUAUGCAACGGGACAAGGUUAAUAGUUAAUGAACUUGGCAACAAUGUAAUUGGAGAGACGGUAGUGACCGGUAGAAAUAUUGGCGACAAAGUGUACAUUCCAAGAAUGAACUUGAUUCCUUCAGAUUCAAGAUUGCCAUUUAAGUUUCAACAGAGACAAUUUCUAUUAACAAUGUGCUUUGCAAUGACCAUCAACAAGAGUCAGGGCCAAUCAUUAUCACAUGUAGGACUUUACUUGCCAAAAUCUGUAUUCACUCAUGGACAACUUUACGUUGCUUUGUCAAGAGUUAAGAGUCGCAGUAGCCUCAAGGUUCUAAUUUUGGACAAAGAUGACAAUCCAAAGUCAUCAACAACAAAUGUCAUAUUCAAAGAAGUUUUUAAUAAUAUUUAG